CGCAAUUGUUUUGUUUCAAUUUGCUGAAAAAAACUAAGUAUAAAAUAUGACAAGUGUAAACUUUUUUUAUAAUUAUAAUAAUAUAGUUUAAAUAUUUUUAUGGAAGUUAUUUAUUAAGUGUAAGUGUAUUUUAAGAAGUAGCAUUUUAAAUAAAACAAUGGCAGAGCCGAGUCAAGUUCAAAUGUUUAUGGAUGUUACAGGAACAACAUCCGAAGUAGCUGAACAAAUAUUGCAGGCUGCGAAUUAUGAUUUAGAACUAGCCGUACAUUUACAUAUGGAAGGAACGCCUCCUCAAUCCGUACAAAAUGAAAUUGAAUCUCACGUUGGUGCUUCUAUGGCUGGUGGAUCAUCGAGUUUAGACUACCAGGAUCUCACCGGUGACGAUGAUGAUGUUAGAGCACCCAUAGCACCUCGAAUGGAUUGUUUGAUAUCUGCAGAAGAGGAUAAUUUUACGACUUUUGGAAGGAAAAGGCAUGCAACUAGAUCUGUUUUCGUACCUUUGAGGGAUUUUAGUGAGGAAGCAAGAAUUCAAGAAGAGCAAUUAAUGGCAGUCGCAAGUGGAUCAGAAGUUGGAUCAAAUUCUUUAUUAAAUUGUCGCAACAAACGGAAAAAAUUAGAAGACCUGUUUAGGCCGCCUAUCGAUAUUUGUUUUAUAGGAAGUUUUCAAAAUGCAAGAGAUGCUGCGACUGCAAAUAAUAAGUGGUUGCUGGUCAACCUUCAGGAUCACACCGAAUUUGCUUGCCAGGUUUUAAAUCGUGAUAUCUGGUCGAAUGUAGAAGUUAAAGAUAUUAUUAGGAAUAAUUUUGUAUUCUGGCAGAGUUCAGUCGAUAGCACCGAUGGGGCACGUUUCAAAACUUUUUACGGUGUCUACAAUUGCCCUUAUGUUUGUGUUAUAGAUCCGAGAACUGGUGAAAAUAAACACAAUUGGCAAAAUAUUGAAAGCAAUUUUAGGCAGGAGUUGGAACGAUUUUUACUUUUGACGCCUAAUCCGUUGAUAUCACCAACUUAUAAGGCCCCUACUUUGUCUGCAAUAGAUUUAAGUGAAGAAGAUCAACUAGCAUUAGCUAUCAAAAACUCAUUGCAAGAAGAUGCAGAUUCUGGCGAAUGUAGCUCAAUUAAAGACAAUACAAAUAGUGAGAACGAUUGUGAUAAUUCAUCUAAAGAAUCCUUUGAGACUUACCUGGGAGACGAUAGUG